AGCAAAUUGUGAUGAUUUUUUGAUUUUUCGUACAAUUUUAAGGCAAAAAAGUGAUUUUUUAAUAAUUUUUCGACAAAAUUUUCAUCAUGGAUCUCCUAUUUGCUGUGCAAGGCACUUUGAAAAACCCAAAUUUGCCCGAAAAAGUACUUUUAGCGACAUCAUCUGCCGGUUUGGUUGCUUUCUAUACAAAUUCUCAAAAGCCAAACAACGACAAAUAUGGGCAUUUUGUGUACGUUAGUGAUCUAAAUGCUCCAUGGAAAUGCGAGAAAAUCACAUCGAGUCUUCAUGAAAUCAUCAUUCUCGAAUGGGAUACUUCAGGAAAGCUUCUCCUCACAGCAGAUACAAGCGGAACAGUUCGUAUUUGGACCAUGAAAGACAAUUUACUCUCAACUUGGAUUGAAGCUUGUAACGUUUCCUUCCCCGGAGAGCAAAUAAUUCGCUGUGUGUUCUUCCAUAAUGGGCAAAAACUCGUUUUGAACGAAAAACAAGAAGCAAAUCAACAUUCCUACUUUGAAAAGUUCAUCAGAACGCGAAAAUUUGGACCUUCUGUGCGCGGAUUUGGCGGCGUCGGGCUCGAAGGAUGUUUAGUUGUCACCGAAACGGGCAUGUUGGGUGCUUUUUUGCUUCCCACAGAGGAAAUUGCUGCUGGACCGAAUGAACCUGUACAGUUAGAAGCUUCUACCGAAAGUCUCGCUGUGACACGAAACUUUUUCACGACCGCUGACGUCACUUACAGCAAAAACGGGCAAUUUUUGAUAGCAGUUGCGAAUGGAAAAAGCACUCAAACGACCAUGAUUCAAGGAUUUCGCGUACAAAUAACGAAACAAGGCGAAAAAUUACAAAUUUCAACGAGUGCAUUGCCGAGUUUUUUGCAUGGAGCAGAAGCGCAAGUCGCUUCAGGGAAGUUUUUUGGGCUUAAAUGGACGACGCAAGAUGACAGCGACACCCUACUCGUUGUGACAAACCAUUCGACAGGCUCUUCGGUAGAGACUUUUGUCCUAAAAGAGCAAUCAAAGUCUCUAAAAAAGUUAUUUCAAGCGAACAAAAAUGAUGUUUUUAAGACUUUAGCAUGGCAACAAGCUUCGCAGUAUCUCCAUACAUCCCACGUUGUUGCUUUUAAUCGUUGCAGCACCCCAAUUGGGCCUCAAUGUACGUUUUUAUCAACAAACGACGGCAUAAUUCAUGUCCUGAAAACGGAUUCGUUGAAGGAAAUUUGCAAAACGACUCUAAAUUACCCGAUUUCAAGUGAAAAUUCGAAGCAAUCUCGACUUCCCGUGACUGUUGGAGCACUUUGCGCGACAUAUAUGGGUCAUGUGUUGCUCGUUCUCGACACAAAAGGGCAGAUGUUUGGUUUCCGCUGUGGAUUUAUGUUACGAGACCCGUAUCUCAACUACAUUGUUACUGCUUUGGAGUACUCUUUGGUCAAUAUGAACGAUUAUUUGGAUGUUUUGUUGAAUAUCAAGGCUUCUACAGGCGAUGCGAUUAUCGAUAAGCUCGGCGAAAACUUCAAUCGACAACAACAACACUUGCAACAAUAUUAUUACGUGCCCCUGCAAGUGAUUAAAAUCAAUAUUUAUCGCUUAAACGGACAUGGACAACUAAAAUCUCAAGAUUUGUCGAACCUUUUGAUGCUAAAUUCGAUUUUAAUUGCUUUUAAAUCGUUGCUGCGACCUUCCGAACUGACUUCGCUUGAUGGCAGCAUGAAAGAUGUCGAAUCAAAUCUCGCAUUAGCUCUUUCGGAAUCCGUUCCUGACGUUGAUAAGGUCCUGAUGAACUUGGAAGCGAAAGAUUUUACCGUCGAAACGUACACUCUUCAGUCGUUGCAGCAGCUAAUUCAAUGGGUUGCUGACUUGGCGUUGUAUAUUCUCUCCCGAUUACCCGAAACUCGAGGAAAAUCCGUGGGAUACGACAUUUCACGUGACUUGGUAGCACUUAAUUGCUUGAGAGAACUUCUCGUGAUGAUCCGAAUUUGGGGUUUGCUGCGGAAACAAUGUCUUCCGAUCUUCGCACGAUCCCCGGAAAAUCAAGAUGUCCUUGCCGCACUCUUCAGAUUGCUCACAAAACUUGCAUUGAACCCGAAUGAACCGGAUGAACUCUUGUUGGAUGAAUGUUGCGCCCUGACACAAGUUUUGGCGCCUCAAGUUCAGUUCGUCGCGCCGCGUCAUGGCUUGACAAAUCCUCCAUUGAACAAUUUAAUUCCUGUAAUUGUCGAUUAUGGCGAAGAUUCGGAAGCGUUAAAGUACUAUCCGGACAUUCAUUUGCUCGAUGGAUCGACAAAUUCGACGAUAAUUGAUUCUGUGAGGUAUUUGCAGCUCGGGACGAGACCCAAACAGAUCCGAAAAUGCACGAGAUGCGGCGUUUUUACGAAUAUGAAUAGCGUGGCAACGAAUAAAAUUAUGAAAUCUUGGGAGCAGCGAUGGGGCGGAUGUCGUUGUAAUGGAUUUUGGCAAACAAUGACUGCGGAACAAAUUUAUUAAUGACUUAAUUUUAAGAAUUUUUUGUAUUUUCAUUUUUUUUAAUUCUAAUAUAAAAGUAUUUUUAAUU